GUGUUUCUAUGAGGAACAGAUUUCAGGUCCAACUUCCAUACUUGGUGCGUCUCAACGGUCUAUAUGAUGCACAACUUUGACCAGAGCCCCCAUAGUACACUAUAUAAAGUAGUGCAUCAUAAAGGGAAUAGGGUGCCAUUCUGUCUAUCCUUAGGGUCUAGUGUUCCAGUCAGUCAGAGUAGGUAUCUGAGACAGGUAGACUGAAUCAGAUCAGUCAUCCUCAUCUGUAGUCACUUAGCAACAACCAGGGUCUCUGUGUUCCAAGGUCUCUGUGUUCCAGGGUCUCUGUGUUCCAGGGUCUCUGUGUUCCAGGGUCUCUGUGUUCCGGUCAGAUCAUCACUACCACCACCUAGUCCUGUUCUGCUGGGACUACACACCUCUACAGGGAGAUGGAUGCUGAAGGAGUCAACAUGGAGAGGUUUCCUACAGGGAACCUGUAUAGCACUGUAGAGGAAGGAUUGAGACCUACUACUCCCAACUACGGCAAUGGAACCACUGUCACCACUGAUUUAUACGGCAGCGCCGACUAUGACAUAGAGUACGGGGAUGAACGCUGCUCCAAGACAGACGUGGUCAGGUUCGGAGCCCUCGUCACACCCAUCGUCCUCUCCGUGGUCAUUGUGCUAAGCCUUGUGGGUAACCUGCUGGUGCUGGUGAUUCUGGCCAGGUACGAGCAUCUUCGGUCACUGACAAAUGCGUUCAUGAUGAACCUGGCGUUGUCUGACCUGGUGUUCACCUGCGGCCUCCCCUUCUGGGUCUCCUAUCACCUGAUUGGCUGGAGCUACGGUGACCUCACGUGUAAGGCGGUUAGCUUCCUGUUCUAUGCUGGCUACUACAGCAGUGGCAUCUUCCUCAUCCUAAUGACACUGCAUCGUUACCUGGCCGUGCUCCACCCCCUGUCUUACCUGGUGUCAGGCCCCUCGCACUCUCAGGGCACCUGGAGCGCUGUCGUAUCAUUGGUCGUCUGGACCGUCAGUCUGUUAGCUGCUAUGCCAGCUCUCAUCUUUACCAAGUUCAUCAUCACUGAUUCUACUGACCUUAAAGACCCCCCUAACAACCCUGAUGGGCCUCGUGACUCUAACGCCCCUAGUGGUGAACAGCGGUACUGUGAGGUUGCAGAUGUCAGCUGGAGGCUGUGGGGUGUCUACCAGCAGAACAUCCUGUUCAUAGUGACAUUAUUAGUGGUGUGUGUCUGUUACAGUCAGAUUCUAGUCCGCCUCCUGAGACCCAGGGUUAGGGUUAGACGCCAGAGGAACGGAGGAGACAGGAGGAGCCAGAGGACCGCCAGGCUGGUCUUCGGCCUGGUCCUGGUUUUCUUUGUGGGCUGGGCGCCAUACAACGUGGUCAUCUUCCUCAGGACGCUGGUGUAUAAGAGUCGAGAUGGUGGCGGUGCUGAUUCAUCCACAACACUAUGGGACGAGUGUGGCACCAGCACCACGUUGGACUACUCCUUCUAUGUUACCAGGCUGCUGGCGUUCUCCUACUGCUGUCUCAACCCUUUGUUCUACGUGUUCGUUGGGAUCAAGUUCAGGAACCACUUGAAGAGAAUGUUGAAGGGUUGUUGUCAUGGUGUUACCGUUGUCAAUAACAACAACAACAGCAGUGUUCUGUACAGGAGCAGCAGACUGACAUCACAGUCCAGUGGGGAGGAGUUCUCACUUUAAAUAACAACACUGUAAACAACACCAACCAUAGCAGUAGUCUGUACAGGAGUAGCAGACGGACAUCACAGUCCAGGGGGAGGAGUCACUGUACUAGACAUCACUUUCAUACUAGAUAUUGUAGUAUUCUUUACUUCAUGUUACCUGGAGCCUUACACUUUCAUACUAGACAUUGUAGUAUUCUUUACUUCAUGAUACCUGGAGCCUUACACUGAACCCAAACCAGACAUGCAUACAUUUGUUUUGUCCCACUUCACCAAACGCGAUCAUGACACGCAGGUUAAAAUAUCAAAACAAUCAUUAAUUUGGGGACAGGUCGAUAAGCAUUAAACAUUUAUGGAAAUGUAGCUAGCUAGCUUGCACUUGCUAGGUCAUUUGUCUAAUUUAGCUAGAUUGCUGUUGCUAGCUAAUUUGUCCUGGGACAUUGAGUUGUUAUUUUACCUUAAAUGCACAAGGUCCUCUACUCUGACAAUUAAUCCACACGUAAAAUGUUAAACCAAAUCGUUUCUAGUCACCUCUCCUCCUUCAAGGCUUUUUCAUCUUUGAACUUAUAUGGUGAUUGGCAUCUAAACUUUCAUAGUAUUACCAUGACGACCGGCAACACAUUUCCUAUUUCAAUCACCCAUGUGGGUAUAACCAAUGAGGAGAUGGUACGUGAGUACCUGCUUCUAUAAACCAAUGAGGAGAUGGGAGAGGCAGGACUUGCAGCAUGAUCUGCGUCAGGAAUAGAACUGAUUCUAUUUUAGCCCUCGGCAACGCAGACGAUCGUUGGCGCACGUGAGCAGUGUGGGUGCAAUAAUUGAAUAACAUAGAUUUCGAAAUUUAUUUUGCAACGCUCGUGCACGCGAUGUUGUCAGGGUAUUACACUUUCAUACUAGAUAUUGUAGUAUUCUUUACUUCAUGAUAACUGGAGCCUUUCACUGGAUCUAUUUUCCAUUCAUAUUAUCCAUUUGCAGAUAACGAUUGCAUUCCUCAAGACUAUUUGAGGUGUUUAUAUCAUAUCCCUUUAAUACCAUGUUUAAUACCAUGUUUAAUACCAUGUUUAAUACUAGGUUUAAUACCAUGUUUAAUACCAUGUUUAAUACCACGUGUAAUACCAUGUUUAAUACCAUAUUUAAUACCAUGUUUAAUACCACAUUUAAUACCAUGUUUAAUACUACGUUUAAUACCACAUUUAAUACCAUGUUUAAUACCAUGUUUAAUACCAUGUUUAACAAGCAAAUUCAAUUGUGAUUGUUGUAUUUUGAUUGCUGUAAGUCAAAUCAGAUUGUAUUUGUCAUAUACACAUGUUUAGCAGAUGUUAUUGGUCAUAUACACAUGUUUAGUAGAUGUUAUUGUGGGUAUAGUAAAAUGCUUGUGUGUCUGGCUCCAAGUAUGUAGUAAUAUCUAACAAUUCACAACAUUACACACAAUCUAAAAGUAGAAGAAUGCAAUUAAGGAAUAUAUUAAUAUUAGGAUGAGCAAUGUCAGAGUGGCAUUGACUAAAUACAGUAGGAUAGAAUACAGCAUAUACAUAUGAGAUGAGUAAAGCAGUAUGUAAACAUUAUUAAAGUGACUAGUUAGUAAAUACAGUAGGAUAGAAUACAGUAUAUACAUAUGAGAUAAGUAAAGCAUUGACUAAAUACAGUAGGAUAGAAUACAGUAUAUACAUAUGAGAUGAGUAAAGGAAAAAUAUGUAAACAUUAUUAAACAUCAUCUCCACUUUGAUGAUCCUCAACACUGGGGCCCCACAAGGGUGCGUUCUCAGCCCCCUCCUGUACUCCCUGUUCACCCACGACUGCGUGGCUAUGCAUGCCUCCAACUCAAUCAUCAAGUUUGCAGAUGACACAACAGUGGUAGGCUUGAUCACCAACAAUGACGAGACGGCCUACAGGGAGGAGGUUACCUUUGCUUCCUUGGGUACAAGAAAAAUGGUGGACAUCUUGAAGAAAGUGGGGACAGCAGACUGGGAUAGGGAGAGAUUAUGUCCGUAAACACACCAGCCAUUGUGUUACCAUACUGUAGGUUCAUAUAAUCAGCAUAUAUUUUUCAUGGUCAGAUUUGAAUUGUGUAAAUAUUGAACUAUUGUUUCAUGUUUUUAAGUAUUCUGAAUAAAGUACUGAUUUGUUUUAA